AUUUCAACGCGCCAACGCCAACUCGCGCCAAAAGGAGCGCUUCAGUGCCCACUGCGCGCGUAGUCGCUAGACUGGUUGCAGAGCUACCUUAUCACAUUAUUAUACCUCUACGUAACAUUAGAUUUUGCAAACAGCACCGAGGCUUGCCGAUUGCGAACGGCCGCGGACAUGGAUGUUGCCAUGGCAAAGGAAGCCCCCGUCACUUUGCUGGACGUGCUGCGUGUCCUGGACAUGGCCGUUCGCCGCCUGACCAUCCGCAUGUCGCAGCGCACUGCCCUCGCCUGGCGCCCCAGCCAGCGCUCCCCGAUGGCGCUCUUCCCGCACUGCAACAGCUUAAGCCUGGAGCUAAUCAACGACGCACCCCUCCUGCGGCUCGAGGAGCGCUUGCGAAACCGCGCGGCGGCGGGUGGCGACAGCGAGGACGAGGUUGAUGAGCCGCUGUGGUUCGGCCAGGACGCCCUCGCUCGCAUGGCGCUAUUCGGCACCGCGGCGGAGACCCGUGCCCGCAUCACCGAGCUGUCCAUCUCCCUCUCCUACCAUGGCGAGCGACCCGCCCUGGACGUCGCGUCCGUACUGGCGGCGCUGGCACCGGAGCUCUCCGCUCUCCAGAGCAUCACCUUCGAAGGCGAAGCCGACCCAAUCGGCAUGGGCCCCGGCGACCACGUGCGCUCGGCUCUUCUGCACGCCGCGCUCUCCACGCACGCGCCGCGGCUGCACAAGCUGGUCCUGCCGUCGGCUCCGGGCAUGCUCCGCGGUGUGGGGUCGCUGGCGGCAGGCUGCGUCUGCCUUAAGGAGCUGUGGCUGCCCCUAUUCGUCAAUGACAUGCCGGCUGAGUCCCUCGGACCCGUGCUGCUCCGCGCGGAAGAGGUGGCGGGCCUGUCCGCGCUGCCCGCCCUCGAGACCCUCGCCCUGCGCUGCCACGACCCCAGCCCCACCGGCGCCAACUUCGCCUCCCUCCUGGGCGCCCGCCGCCCGCGCGCUCUGCGGCGCCUGGAGCUGGUCGCGUCAGUGCCGCUGCAUGCGGCGGAUGAGGCCGCCGGCGCCGGCGCUGACGGCAGCUGGCCCCGCACCCCGCACGCACACUUCCCGCCCAUGGUCGCGGAAUUCGAGCCGCUACCGGGGCGAAUCGUGUGUGUGAAGACGGACGACGAGUUUGCCACUUGCGUGGAGACCGAUUUUGGGCCGGCGGCCCUGGACCGACUGGCGGGUGUGCUGGUGGCAGCAGUCCAGUCGCUGCCGCUGCGCUGCGGCCUGUCGCGCCUGCACCUGCGCACGUACGCGCUCAGCGCGCGGGCACUACGGCUGCGGGCGGCAGCGGGCGGGGAGGGACCGCAGCAGGAGCUGGAGCAGCAGGGUGGCUUCGGCGAUGGCGCGACAACGCUGGCGCGCUGCCUGGGCCUCGGCGGACGCUUGCCACUGCUGGCGGAAUGCGCUGAGCUGGAUUUCCUUGACGCUUCGACUGCGGUGUCGCCCGCUGCCGUGUGCGCUGUGCUGCGCGUGCUGGGCCUGCCUGCGGACCAGCUGUGCCUGCACCACGGCACCUGGUGGCAAAGCACAGCACAGCCGAUCGGCGGCGGCAACCAGACCGUCGGCACGGCGGCGCGGCUGCUGCAGCUGGUGGGGCAGGUGGGGCAAGCGCACGAGCAGCAUGGGAAGGUGCGGCUGCAGCUGGAGACCGCGGAUGCUCAGGGCUUGCUGCAGGAGGCAGUGGAGCGGCUGUGGCGCGCGGCGGCGCCGUUGCCGGGCGGUGCGGCCAGCCCGCCUCAGCGGCCCGGCGGCCCCGGCAGUCUGGUGCUGCUGCGCGGCGCGCCGCCGCUGCCUACGCCGCCGCUGCUCAAAGACCGCCACCGCCUGCAGAACGGCAACACGGCCAGCGCUGACCGGGCCGCCAGGACGUUGUGUGCACACAUGGCAAUGCGCCUGGAUGCCCUGCUGGCACAGCCGCCGGCAGCAGCAGCGGCAGGCUCAGGUUCGGCCACGGCUGGCGCCGGCAGUAGCACCGGCGGCGGCGGCGCGCCCAGCCGACAUCUCGAGCACGGUCGUGGCUUUGCGAGUGUGCCGUGCGCCGGCGCCCUGCUGGUGGAGUGUGGGUCGCCGCUGCACGCGGCCGCGCUGGCGGAGGCCGUGAAGUCGACAGCCGCGGCAACCGGUGGCGGCUUUGCCGCGGCGGUCAUUCCGGACGGCAUCACCGACGCGGUGCCGUACCCGGGUGCUUGCCACGGCUGGCCGCGCUGUGGGGCGGUGCUGCAGCUGGCGGUGCUAACCGUGCUGGUCGAGCUCUGGGGCGAGGCUGAGCCCACGGCAGGGUCGGCGAGCAGUGGCUGCGGCGGCGGCGGCAGCGCCACUGUGAGGCGCGGGCUGGGCGGUGCGGCGCUGGGGCGCAUGCGGCGGCUGCUGGAGCUGGAUGCGGAGGCGGCUGGGCUGUGGGGCGCCGUGUGUGAAAAAGUGGAUGACGACGAAGACGGCAUGCUGGUUUAGACGGCGGCCGAGGGGGCGUUGGGGGCAUACGUGGUGCGUGACUUCCGUGGUGGCCAGGUGCAUUGGGUUGUAGCACUUGAUUUUGGCAUCAGGCUUGGGGAGUUGCUGCCGUCAUCGGGGUGGCGUUGGGGCUCGUGGCCAUGGAGUGAGAUGUUCUCAGGUGCUGACGAUCAAUGAAGGGCCGCGACGGCUUGGACAGCAGAGCGCCGCGAUCGGUGUGUGCGUGUAAUGUAUGCACGAGCAUCCCUACGCGUACUUGGAAAUGACGGCGCAGUAGUAAAGGCCGGGGGCCCUGGAGUGUGUGCACGGUGCUUCCCUAACAGCAGUACGGGUAAUGGGUUUGGGUCGGAAUGAUACAUUCCUCUUGUUCUCGCAUGUACGUACUACUCCUGGCUCACCGCGGAUGCCUGGCUGUGUUCCAGGCGGGUCUUUUUGGGGUUCGCGUUAUCACAACGCAUCGCAGCCUUCGCUUGGUAGUCUGCGGCCAGUCUACGCCAGCCCAGCCUCUGACAGCCGUAUACACCAGCUGAGAGUCACAAGCCUUAGGACGCCGGAGUGGCGCAGCUUGGCGCGCGGUUAUCUCGUCAAAGGUAACGUAGCAGUUGUGGUCGCUGCUCAUGCUCACGCUUUUCUUUUUGCUUGUGCUAGCUCACUGGCCUCGGCUCUACAACGUCAUGUUCGCUUGUGCGUGUUGCGUUUUUUCAAGCAUGUCAAUAACGUGAUGCGUCACUACUUGCGGGCUUGCGGAGUAGGCAAUUGGGCUUAGAGUAGCAGGGGCACGGCACGGCUCGGCGUGCCACUGCAUUCUGACUCACCAGGUCGGAGUACAGACAUGGGAAGACU